AUGAAGUUCCUAACAAAGAAUAACCUCUGGAAGACUCUCGUCUCAAUUUCUAUUCUAAUCCCCACAGCAUUAUCUGCUCCAGCUAGCAGAAUCGAUUCUCGCCUUCCCUGCCAGGCCGGCAUAAUCUCAGCUUGUCCAGCCAACACCAUCAUCGUCUCAAACGACCACUCCUCCCCUUCUUCUCAACAUGCACAUUUCACUUCAAUCCAAUCCGCAAUCCUCUCCCUCCCUCACGACAACUCAUCAGCAACAAUCCUGAUCCGCGCCGGCAACUACACCGAACAAUUAAAUAUCACACGCCCCGGCCCUGUCACUCUUCUCGGCGAAACAUGGGAUCCUCUGACUGCUACCGAGAACCAGGUCACCGUAUACUGGAGUGCAGCAAACAGUAACUCCAGGUACAUGGACAAUGCAUUCACUAGUAUUCUCACGGUCGCACCAACACAGAACGCCUCUCUUACCGGAGCAGGUCCAACCGGAUGGCCAGUCCCAGCUGAUACACCAUAUGGAAAUUCUGAUUUCCGGGCGUACAAUAUUGAUUUUCGGAAUGUAUUCUCGGAGUACUCUGCCGGACCGUCAUUGGCUGUUAGCGUGAGCUAUGCGAAUGCUGGGUUUUAUUAUUCAGGCUUUUAUUCUUAUCAGGAUACGGUAUAUAUUGGCAAACUCGGCAACGCCUACUUCUUCAACUCAAUCAUCGCCGGCCAGACAGAUUUCUUGUAUGGAUUUGGCACAGCAUGGCUGCAGGCAUGCUCCUUACAACUCCGCUCUUGUGGUGGGGGCAUAACCGCCUGGAAAGGUACAAACACUACCUAUCCUAACAAGUUUGGCGUAUAUAUCGUUGAUUCCACCAUAAAUGCCGCCAAUGCCUCAAUCGCGGCAAGUAUCAAGGGUAAAUGUGCGCUUGGUCGACCAUGGAAUUCCUUACAUAGAUCAAUAUUCGCGCGGACAUAUGAAGAUGAGAGUAUUGAGAGCAGUGGUUACACUCAUUGGGUCAAUGGUGGUGCUGAGAAUUAUAAGCUCGGGGUUACGUUGCAGGCUGAAUUUGAGACGUACGGACCUGGUUGGAAUGAAACGGGGAGGCUUUCCGGGGGUUGGGAUACGAUAUUGAAUCGUAGCAUAUGGGAAGAGUACGGUGAGCCUGCGAAGGUGUUUCAGUUUGGGUACGAAAGUGGUGGGUUUGGGUAUGUUGACUGGAUUGAUUGGACACCUUGGUUUUAG